AUGUGGGUGGGGUUUAAGGGCUGUGGGCGUGGCCCCCCCCGCAGGUUCCUGGGCCCGGUUUUGGGGGCCCUGCGGGGGGGCCUGGGAGACCCCGAGGGCGCCGUGAGGGGAGCGGCGGCCGCGGCGCUGAGGGAGCUGAGAGAGGAACUGCAGGUCCUGGAUGCUCUGGCCCAGGGACUCCCCCCUGAGAAACUCCUGAAGGAAUUGGUGAGAAUUUGGGGGGUGCUGGCGGCGCUGGGCCCCGCCCAGGUGGGGGAGGGGCUGCUGGAGCUGCUGGAGCUGGGGCUGGGAUUGGCCCCCGGGGACCCCGAGGCCACCGAGGUCACUCCAUCCCAGUCCAUCCCAGUUUCUCCCAGUUUGCAGCUGCUCUCGGCCGUCUCGGAGCUGUUGGGGGAGGGGACGGCGCCGCUGCUGCCCCGAGCGCUGCCGCUCCUGCAGGGGGCGCUGCGGCCCCCGGCGCCCGUGAUCUAUACUGGUCUAUACUGGUCUAAACUGGUCCCUGUUCCCCCCCAGCCCCCCACGGACGCCCCUGAUUGGCUGCUGAAUCUUCACGACGACGAGGACGAGGAUGACGUCACCGCCAUGGAGGAUGACGUCACCGAUUGGGAGCAGGCGGAAGUGGGCGGAGCUUUCCCCGGAUUGGCCGAGGCGGCGCUGGGAGCACUGGGGGAGGUGGCUGUGAACUGCGGCACUGCCUUCCUGCCAUACCUGGAGCCUUCCCUGUCGGCCGUCUUGGAUCUGACCGAGUUCCCCCAGUCCCAGGUCCGAGGCGCUGCCUACGAGGCCCUGGGGAGUCUCUGCUGCUGCGGGAGGGGACGGGAAACCCAAACUGCCCCCACCCCCGUCCAGCAGGGGGCGUUCCGGGCCCUCCUGGCCGGGCUGGUGGCGGAGCCGGAAGUGGGCGGAGCUUUGGGCGCUCUGGGCGGGGUCGGGCGGAUCCUGCAGCCCCCAGGCCACGCCCCCAAGGAAUGGCUGGAGCCCAUUGGGGGAGCCCUGUGUGACGUCAUCGCCGGCAAGGUCGCCUGUGUGAGAUCCCGCGGGGACGACGAGGACGGCGACGAGACCUCCCAGCGAGCCGAGCUCCGUGAAACCGCCUCUGAUUGGCUGCUGGAAGUGGGCGCGGCCAUGGCCCAAACAGGAAGUGACAUCACCAGCCCCGGAAGCGGCAUAACCGGAACAGGAAGUGAAACCUCCCAAACAGGAAGUGCCUUCCCCAAAACAGGGAGUGGUGUUGCCGAAACAGGAAGUGACGUCACCAAACCCGGAAGAGGCGUGGUUUUCCCGCCCCACCUCUUCCGCCGCAUCCUCCCCUCCCUAUUGGCCACCCUGGCUGACCCCGCCCACCCCGGGACGAGGUCCUGGGCGGCGGCCGUGAUUGGUCAGCUCGGCCACGCCCUCGGCCAGGAGGCCACGCCCUUCCUGCCCGAUUUAGGCCCGGCUUUCCGAUUGGCCGCCGGCGACGCCGACCCCGAGGUCAGGGCCAACGUCUUCUACGCCAUUGGUCGCAUCGGGGAGGCCGCGGGACACGCCCACCAGCAGUAUCCACCAAUCAGCGCGCAGGGGGCGUGGUUCAGGGGGGUUAACGCCCUUAAAUCCACUUAG